CACACUGGUCUCUCAAAUGCCAAACCUAUUCCAAAACAAAUUUCUCUAGUCCUUACCUCUUUCCAAUUAUUCAUACAAUUAUAAACGUUUGCAAGGUUUUUGCACUACGUUGCCAAAAAUAAAAACUUUUGACACAUCAACCGUGAAAAACUAAGUCCUCGUUUUGACUUGUUACCCAGAUGGGAAAUUAUCGGUUACGAUUAUCAAGUAUGAUACCGAACUCGUGGUAUUACAAGUUCAAGAAUUCAAGUACCAGUACAACCAACAAUAAAAUGUCCAAAAAACAACCGAAUACAACAUCAUCGGUAACAAUGCCAUCAGCUGAUCACCAAAGGAAAUCCUACUACUUUACUAGAGACCUAACCGAACCCAACCCGAAAUCCCAUACACAAAAUUCACCCUCACCUAAAACCCGAUCAUUUGACCCGCCAAGAAAAUCUUCCAAGAAAAGAACUCCAAUUAGUCCCAAAAAACGAAUACACCGAAAAUUGGUCUCUAUUGAAUCCAUUUCAACCGAAUCCAACUCUUCUGACACCGAUAUCCAAUCACCCGAAUUAUCGGUCACUUGCUCGUGCAAGACUAACUCAUCAUAUGAAGACGUGUAUGGAAAAGUUACCCUCCCUCCCAUCAUAACAUCAAAAGCAGUAAAACAAGAAAACUUGAAAAAUAAUGCAUAUAGCCCGGUUAAAAAAAAUAAGGCAAAUUACAAUUAUUCUCCUAGAAUAGGAAACAGGGUAAGAGUUCAAGGGAUAAAUGGUGGCCGGAGAAGUGGUGGUUACCGGCGGAUGAGCUUGUCGGAGAGCAUGGCGGUGGUGAAAACAUCAACUGAUCCUGGUAAAGAUUUUAAAGAAUCAAUGGUGGAGAUGAUACUUGAAAAUAAUAUGAGGAGUUCAAAGGAUUUAGAAGAUCUUCUUGCAUGUUAUCUUACUUUGAAUUCUAAUGAGUAUCAUGAUUUAAUUAUUAAGGUAUUCAAACAAAUUUGGUUGGAGUGUACUAAUAUUAGAUUGUAAAAUGUAAAUAAAUGAUCAUUAGUACUAAAACCCUGUAUUGAUAAUCUUUCAUGUAAA